UGGAUAUUAAAAUACAUGUGGAAAGUGCCCUCCCUGCUCGAUCACGUGACUGUCAUGGCGGCGCCCGGUGGAAGCACUGUCCUUAGCCCUGACCAUGCAGCCAGCGUUUCCCCUAUGGCCCCCGGGGAGGGCGCGCUGCAGUACAGCCUGAUCAUGGAGCAUCUGGUCGGCGAUAAGAGGAGGCCUGUAGAAGUGAUACCCGGGGGACUUGGGGGGAUUCCGACCCCCAUAAAACCCGAUGAGCAGAAGAUGAUGGAGAGGGUGAUGGAGAGCUGCGGGUUCAAGGCUGCCUUGGCAUGUGUUGGGGGUUUUGUCCUUGGGGGAGCAUUUGGUGUGUUCACUGCUGGCAUUGAUACCAAUGUUGGCUUUGAUCCUAAAGAUCCUUACCGGACUCCAAGUGCAAGAGAGGUCCUAAAAGACAUGGGUCAGAGAGGAAUGUCUUAUGCCAAAAACUUUGCAAUUGUGGGUGCCAUGUUCUCUUGCACUGAAUGUCUUGUGGAAUCGUAUCGAGGAAAAUCAGACUGGAAGAACAGUGUGAUAAGUGGAUGUAUAACAGGUGGAGCUAUUGGAUUUAGAGCUGGCGUGAAAGCUGGAGCUAUUGGCUGUGGAGGUUUUGCAGCGUUUUCUGCUGUCAUUGACUAUUACCUGCGAUGAUAGGUUUGUGCAGCCUGGUGGCGCUAUCUGUUCAUGAACAAUCUGCAAAAUAAAUCUACACACUAAAGUCAUCUGCAGCAACUUUCCUCCAGAUGUGCUGUGAACCCUUGCUGCCAUGGGAAUCAGUCUUUUUUUUUUUUUUUUUUUGCCAGCUUUAAAGUUUCCAUCUUUUUAAGAGAUUUUUUUUAAAGUGGCAGAUACAUGGCAUCCUUUUAAAUUGUGAAGUCACAGCAAUCCCAAAGAGACAAGUCUGCUAACAAGAACAGCUCUAUCUACAGAGUAAAGGCAUGCUGUUUACCUUGAUGGCCAAAUCGAUCACUAUGGUGUUUUACCUUUUCUAGCCGAUCCCCCUUACAUGAAAAUUGUACAGACAUUAUAUUAUUCUUUGUUUCUGGACAAAUCUAGUGAAUCUCUAUGUAAAAAAAAAAAAAAAUGGAAUAUUUAUUAGCUCAUGAGUUUUUAUUUGUUUAUAGAGUUGAUCAGGCCUACU